AUGGAUUUACCCAGUGAUUCAAAUGACAAUGGAGGAGCAGAAGAAAGCCAUGAUGAAGAUCCUCCUAUUCCUCACCUGAAGAAAGAAGACUUGUGCAUCUUCUUAGCACUACAUAUGGAAAACUCACCAGGCGAACCACUGAAAUCCUAUUGCAAAACUGGAAUUGUUGUCUGUGAAGCCAGCAAGCCAAAAAGGAUUAUUGCCAUGGACUGCUCAACAGGGGAACUGCAUGCUGUGCCAAAAGUGCUGUUAAGGUUUCCUAAUGCACUGAAAGGCUGUGAAGUUUACAUGUCUCGGAUGCCUUGCAAUAAUUGUGCAAAACUACUGGUUCAAGCACAAGUCUCACAAGUAUAUUACUGGCCAAAUUUUGAAAUGAAAAUGGCAGAAAAGAACCAGGGGUAUGAUCUAGCCAUCUUCACAGAAAGCUAUGUUGUUGCAGCAGUAUAUGUACCAACCAUAGACAAUCAAAAAAAGAUGCAGAUACUUAAUUCAAAUAAAAGAGCAUCUUCUGAUGAUAAUCUAAUCAAAAUUACAUCUGUAUUGGAUGGGAAAAUUGAUGUGGAUCUUUUAAAGUGCCUUAACUUGCAACACCUGAAAGACAACGAACUGAAAAAAUACAAAGAAAAUCUCAAUACAGCAAAGAUUUGUUUUAAAACUCUGGCAAGUUGCAAAGAUGAAGAAAUAAUAAUCUUAGAAGAGAAGGAAUCCACUGUAAAGAAUAAUCCUAAAUACACCCAUGCAUUACAGCUCUGUGAUUUAUUAGCGUCCAGAAGUGACAAUAAUAAUGGAGUGGGGACGUUGAUUUACAAGGAAGACAACAUUGAUGCGCUGGGCUACAGUGGAUAUCCAAAAGGGGCAAUGAACAAUUUAUUUUGCAAGAGGGGAGAUGUUGAUUUUGACGAGCAUGCAAUUGUAUGUGCAGAAGCUAAUGCAAUUAUUAUGAGUUCUGAGAGAGACCUGUGUAAUGCUGAACUCAUCACUACACGUGAGCCCUGCCAUGACUGUCUGAAACUGAUCCGAGCAAAGAAUAUAGCAAAAGUCAUCUGGCCUCGCCGAGAUGGAAAUCAAUCCAGAGAACAAACUGAAGAUCCUUCAGAGGGGCAGUCUGUGGCUGCUGCUGAUGGUGAACCUCAUAAACCUCCACAACAUCAACAGGAGCUUUAGGAUCCAAU